GGCGCUUCGGUAGCAGCUGGGCUGAUUUCCUGUCAACCAAACAAACAGCUACGGCCUCUGUCAGCGUCUGGUUCCUUGCUUUCUCCCCUGCUGUCGGAUUCAACGAGCCACCGAACCGGACUCGAGCUGAGCUCGCUUUCUGACGGCGUCGGUCGGAGCCGGAGAUGUGGGUUGACUAAGAGUUCCUUUGGCUCUGGAAGCGAGGACUCGGACCGGGACCCCUACAGCUAGCGUGUUCCCAUCGGCGUUCCCAGCAGCAGGGCCAUGGCGGCGGCGCCCAGCGCCCUCCGUCUCCUCCUGCUCGGGGCUCUGUGCGCCCGCUGCGGAGCCUUCAACCUGGACGUGGACAAACCCUCCGUGUUCUCUGGACCGGACGGAAGCUACUUCGGCUUCUCGGUGGACUUCUUCAAGAGCCUGGACAACACGAAGUCGGAUGUUCUGAUCGGAGCUCCUCGGGCCAACACGACUUCCUCCAGUGUCAUAGUGGAGAGAGGAGCUGUGUACAGCUGUCCCUGGACCAGCUCCUCCUGCCAGCAGCUUCAGUUUGACAACACAGGUGACAGAGUGGAUUCUAAAGGAGCUCAGAUGGAGUUUAAGUCCAAACAGUGGUUCGGCGCCUCGGUGCGAUCCAGUGGAGAUCAGAUCUUGGCCUGCGCUCCUCUGUACCAGUGGUCCACCUUUGGUGUCUCUGAGCGAGAACCAGUGGGAACCUGUUACCUGAAGAAAGGAACCACUGUGGUCGAGUACGCCCCCUGCAGAUCAAGUGCCAGUUCUCCAGAAGGUCAGGGAUUCUGCCAGGCUGGCUUCAGCGCCGACUUCCUGAAGAACAACAGGGUGGUGGUGGGAGGACCUGGCAGCUUCUACUGGCAGGGUCAGCUCAUUUCUGAUGACAUCUCAGAGAUCUUUACCCGCAGUAACAGCGGAGUCAGUUCAAUCCAGUACAUCUCGUACUCAAAGACACUCACCACCAAGUCGGCCAGCGCACAGUACGACGACAGCUACCUGGGCUACUCUGUGACUGUCGGAGACUUCAACAGUGACGGAGCAGAAGAUUACGUGACUGGAGUCCCUCGAGGAGAGAAGGCUCUGGGUUAUGUCAGCGUCUUUAACGGCCUCAACAUGGCGUCCAUGGUCAACCUGACAGGAAAGCAGAUGGCUGCUUACUUUGGAUACUCAGUAGCUGUUACCGAUCUAAACAAUGAUGGUCUGUUGGAUCUGCUGGUUGGAGCUCCUCUCUUCAUGGACAGAGGUUCGGAUGGAAAACUCAGGGAGCUGGGACAGGUGUCUGUGUACCUGGGUAGCGGUGGGUUUUCCUUCCAGCAGCCCCGGACGCUCUCAGGAUUUGAAGCAUAUGGCAGGUUCGGUUCUGCCAUUGCAGCGCUGGGAGACCUGGACAUGGACGGGUACAACGACGUGGCAAUCUCUGCUCCCUAUGGAGGCGUCGCCCGCAAAGGUUUAGUCUACAUCUACAACGGACGCUCUCAGGGGCCCGACUCAUCGCCCUCCCAGGUCCUGCAGGGGAAGUGGGCAUCCAGCUACAUGCCCGCUAGCUUUGGCUACUCCAUGACUGGGAAUACUGAUAUAGAUCAGAAUGGGUAUCCAGAUUUAAUUGUGGGAGUUUUCGGUGCAGACAAAGCUGUUUUGUACAGAGCCCGACCCGUAAUCAGUGUGAAUGCCACAUUAGACAUGACGCCUCAGAUUAUCAACCCAGAGGAAAAGACCUGCAUGCUUCCUGGUACCACCACAGCUGUGUCCUGUUUCAAGGUGAAGUACUGUUUGAAGGCCAGCAGCCGAGGUGCCCCGGCCACUCUCAAUUUUCGUGUGGACCUCACUUUGGAUCGUCUGAAGCAGAAAGAGUCAACCAAGCGGGUGCUCUUCCUUCACAGUCGAACCUUUCAGUACUCCAAGAACAUGAUUGUGUUCAACGGAAAAAGCCCGGCCUGCGAAGAGCAGAGCGUAUUCCUGAGGGACGACCGUGACUUUCGGGAUAAGAUCACUCCCAUCUCCGUGGUGAUGGAGUACAGCCUGGACUACCAGCAGGCUGCGGACCCGACCGGACUGCUGCCCAUCCUCGACAUGCUGGCUCCGUCCAACGUCACCAAACAGGCCCACAUUCUGCUGGACUGUGGAGACGACAACAUCUGUAAACCCGACCUCAGGCUGUCGGUGACAAGCGACCGUGAUCAGAUUUACAUCGGAGAUGACAACGCUCUGACGCUGGAGGUCAGCGCUGAGAAUCAGGGAGAGGGAGCCUACGAGGCCGAGCUGCUGGUCUUUCCCCCAGAACAGGCCGACUUCACUGGGGUCGUCCGCAGCCCGCAGAGUCUCAGCAGGCUGUCCUGUGCUUACAAGAAAGAAAACCAGACCAAGAUGGUGGUUUGUGACCUGGGGAACCCCAUGAAGGGCGGGACCAAGGUUCUGGCUGAGUUGAGGUUCAGUGUGCACCAGCUCUCUGAGGACGACACAUCAGUGAAGUUUGACCUACAGAUAGUCAGCUCCAACCAGUUCAACAACACCAGCCCUCGAGUCUCCAGCAUUACCCAGCUGGCCGUCCUGGCUAAAGUCUCCAUCAGAGGGUCGUCGUCUCCUGGUCAGGUGCUGCUUCCCAUCGCCAACUGGAAAGUCAAAGAGCCUCCUGUGGUUGGAGAUGACAUCGGGCCGCAGAUCGUCCACGUCUAUGAGCUGCUCAACAGUGGACCCAGCACCUUCAGUAAGGCGGCGCUGUUGGUGGACUGGCCCUACCGCUUCAGGAACGGCUCACUGCUCUACAUCACCAGCUACGAGACCGAAGGUCCGAUCAACUGCACCACUGAUGUGGAGAUCAACCCGCUCAAUGUCUCAAACCCAUUGGCCUCAGCAAAAAACACCAGUGUCGCCCCACCUGGAGAACGAGAGGGGGAGGGACGAAACCGCAUCCGCAAGAGAGACCUGGAGUCCCAGAAAGAUGCACAGAAUGACCUGCAGACACUGGACUGCAACACGGCAAACUGUCUGCGGCUGAAAUGUCAGGUGGGUCGUCUGGAGAGAGGAAAGAACGCCAUCAUUUUCAUCUAUUCCAGACUGGACGUCAACAACUUCCUGAGGCCUGAAAAUCAGAACCGGUCCUACACGGUUAAGUCCACAGCCUCCUUCAACGUCAUUGAGAUGCCGUACAAGAAGUUGGUGUCAGUGCUCCCAUCUGACAGCACCACCGUGAGUGUGUCUGUGAUGUGGGUGGCUGACACUCUUCAGCCGGUACCGGGCUGGGUGGUGGCUCUGGCUGUGCUGGCUGGACUGCUGCUGCUGGCUCUGCUCAUCUUCAUUAUGUACAAGCUGGGGUUCUUCAACAGAGUGCGCCCCCCACAGGACGGCACCGAGAAGGAGCAGCUGCAGCCGGAGGAGAACGGCAACACUGAUGCCUAGAGGUGGAAGCACGUUGGUGCAGGAGAGGGAGUUUCAGGGGACUUCACUGUAUUCACGGCUAAAAGGCCAGACGAGGCCGCUACGCUCACGUUUCCAGGCUUUUCUUUGCAUUUAUGUGUUUGGAAGGUGGUCACAGCUGAACCA